ACUGGCUCCCUGUCUCCUUCAAAAUUGACUACAAAGUCCUGCUAUACACAUACAAAUCCAUCAACGGACAUGCGCCUCCCUACUUACAAGAACUGAUCAUACCACAAACCUCCACCCGCACCCUCAGAUCUGCCAGCAGCUUGCUCCUCCAGUCCCCCAGUACUAAACUCCACACCAUGGUGGAUCGAGCCUUCAGCUCUGCUGCACCACGCUUGUGGAAUAGCCUCCAUAACCAUCUGAGGGCAGCACAGACCAUAGACUCUUUUAAAAAAGGCAACAUUUCUAUUCAGGAAGACUGAAUGAAAACAGCCAUGCCAAGACAACACUGGAGGCACUCGCUAGAUGUUGUUGUUAUGUUGUGUUUAUUUGUUGUGGUGGUUUUAAACUUAAUUUAUACUAAUUAUGUCUUACUGCUCAACCACUGAGUCAUCUUUUUAAAUCUUGAAGAUAUUAGGUUGAUUUACUGUCAAUACAGUUGGUGCAGAUGAAUUAGUGAGCAGAUUUUCAAUUUGUGUCGGUGCUCAAACUAAUUAUUUAAAUUUUUUAUAGAUGUGACAACUUUGCAGGUGAUGCAGUUAUUUUAUUUUUUUUAAUUCUACAACUAUUUUAGAUAAGUAACACCUAUCUAUAAAUAUUAUUGAAAUGUACAAAUACUGAAGUUUUCUUCAUCAUAUUUGUUUCAACUGACUGCCAACAAACUGUUUUAACUACCAAAAGACAACUAAUUUCUCCUAACUCCUACACAGCUGAAUAUCCAAAUGACAUCAUUAUUGACUAUUGCAUCAUCCUACUUAAUAUAAAGCCAUCAAACUUACUUCAGACCAAUUUCAAAGUGGAGACUGAAGUGUACUAUCUGAGGGAUUUGCAGGAUCCUCAAAUCAACACCAUGAAUUCCUCGUCUUAUGGCUAUAAUGUGUCGAGUGGUCUUAGUUAUCGAGACCCUUCAAGCUCAGCUGUGGUCAAAAAUGUGAUUGUUCUAGCUCUUGGCCUUACCAUCAACUAUAUCAAUGGUACCCUGAUUCACACCUUCAGAAAACACCAGAUCUUUUAUGUGAAUCCUCGUUACAUCUUAUUCAUCCACCUGGUGCUGAACGAUAUAAUCCAGCUUACCACAACAAUCAGCCUGUUUGUCUUCAGUUAUAUCUUCUACAAAAUUAAUGCUUCCUUCUGUUGCCUCAUUAUUACAUUUGCUGUUUUCACCACCCUCAACACCCCAUUAAAUUUAGCUGUUAUGGCAGUGGAGUGUUACAUUGCUAUUUGUUUACCACUGCGACAUGCUGAGCUCUGUACAAUCAAAAAGACAUAUAUUCUGAUUGGUUGGAUCUGGGCCAUGAGCGCAGUCUCGACACUGCCGGAUGUGUUUAUUAUUCUUGCAACAGAGCCUUUACGGUUAUUCUAUUCCACAAUUUUCUGUGAGAGGGAUAACUUGUUCCAUCACCCCAUAAGUUUGAAAAAGAGGGAUGUCUCCUACAUAAUUUACCUAAUUGGUGUUUGGCUCACCCUCUUCUACACUUACUUUAAGAUUUUCUUUGCUGCUAAAGCAGCUAAAGAAGCUAAAUCAUCUGAUGGAGAUGCAAAGAAGGCCAGGAAUACAAUCCUGCUGCAUGGCUUUCAGCUACUCUUGUGUAUGCUAACCUAUGUAGCCCAUGUGUUGAUAAAGGCUCUGUUAUACUGGUUCCCUAAACAUUAUGUACACAUAAUCUUUGCUUGCUAUAUCAUCAUUCAGAUCCUCCCCAGGUUUAUCAGUCCGAUUGUUUACGGGCUACGAGACAAGACUUUUAGAAAGCACUUGAAAAAGUACCUAUUGUGUUCAGUGUGGGCAAGUACCAGCUAUGGAUUGCAGAAAAGGACCAAAUAACAUAAACUAGACAAUUUUAGACUGUGCUCUCCUACUGAGCACCAUAAGCAUGACAGUCUGAAAAUUCACUGCAUUAUCCAUGGUGAAAUGCUUCCAAAUUACUAAAAUAUUGUUAUUUUAAUAAUUUAAAUAUGUACCACAGACAGCAGCCUCUAAUACAGAAUAUAUACUUACACCUGAUCCUGCUAAACUGGCAUUAUUUACGUUUGUGAUCUAUUCACGUAGUUAGUCUAGCCUCUAGUUACUCUACAAUGGUAUGGCAUAUGUUAAGUAAAAUGGUAUUUAAGGAUUUUACAAUAAAGUGAAAGAAUAAAAAGUUAUAACAAUAGUAAACUUCAGAGAGAAAAGACUGAAGCACACUGAUUGAUGUGCAGCCUUUAAUAGUGAGAACAAACUAAAGUUUCAACACUCUCUGAAGUUUGCUGUCCCUGAUCUGAGAGGCACCUAAUUCAGCUGCGCAUUGCUGCAAAGAGGACCCCUUUUCACUCACAAUAUUAGAAGAUUGCCUUUAUUUUUAAAAUAAUUCCUUUUCUUUUUACGUUUUCCAUUUACGUUAUAUCUGGUUGUUUUGCAGUGCAUCAGAAAUUAAAGACAUGUUUGUCUUAGUUUUGGCUGAAUCAUUUAGGCCUACAUUCAAUCCCACACAGAAAAAUAACCAAUUUCUCUGACAUUUUGUUUACCUAUUUGCAUUAUUUAGCACAUUUGAAAAAAAUGAUAGCAAGACAAAAUGCAUCAUGUGUAAAGUGGUCGAAAAGGUCUAAAGAAAUGUUUGUUAAUUUUAACAUUUAGUCUAUAACUACAUUGAUACAUUUGAUCAAACUCUUGCUUUACUUUUACUUUCUUGAAUGUCAGGCAGAAAAGAUAAAGAUAAUUGUGUCUUUGUAAAAAGGUUUUACUUUGAAAACUUCAGAAAACAGUGUGUAUUGCUUUUGCCCUGGAGAUACACAAUGUUUGUGCACACAUUCAAAAUUAAAUAGAUGUCUGUACAACACAAUAGAAUCUGUUUUGACCCGGACUUACGUAAGCACAGAUACUGUACUGUAUAUAAAGUCCUGCAUGUAAGACUUUGACCAUUUGUCUCCCCCCACAGCAGACAACAUUUAGCGCAGCAUGUGUUUAUUUGUACUCUGAGUGGCAACUUUGACAGAGAACAAAUCAAGGACAUAAAUGAAAAGAGGAAAAAAGAAGAGAAGGAAAAACAAAAAAAUCAGUGUAUCAACAGUCUGUGAAAACCAGUCUCACCAUUUUGUUCGACAGACGUAAGUUGCUUUUCUGACUUUUUUGACAUGAAAUUAAAACUGGGAAGGAGAAGUUAUCAUAAUGUAUGAAUAUAUCUUAUACACUUUUACAUAUGCAAGGAAAUUUGCUAAACUUGUCCAUUAGUAAUCAUGAAUGUGACUUAAAUGCGCUGUAGGAUAGUGAUGUUUAAGAAAUAUAAAUGCUCAGUCCAUAUCUGUUUGGUUUGAAAUAGUACAUCAAGUGCUAAUUAAUUAGUUGGUGUUCAAUGUUGAUGGUUCUUGAAAUGACAACUAAAAAAUAUAAUAUAUAAUAUAUACAAU